CAUACCGCAGAAAUCUGAACGGGGGGCCACCUUCAUCUGAAUCUCUGGAGAGAAUUCUUAGCUAAUCUCGACGUCAACAAGACGCAACGCUCGGCGACGAAAAGGUCAAGCUGUCUGGUCCUCGAAUCAGAAAGGAAGAAGUUGUCGCGGGUGUAAAAAUCCGAAGGGCCCCCCAAGAACUAGAGAAUUCCGCCCUCGCGUAUAGUGAAGUGCACUAGGCUCCGGCUCCCUCUCAAUCACACACUUGUGCUGCGCAACACAACAACACUCUUGUCUAUUUCAAGCCUCCCUCUGCUCGAAGUCAUCACAUCUCCCCCUCUCUCCCCCUCCUGAACGUUCUAGAAUCUCUCUCUCUUUCUCUCGAGGGUUAAACCAUGGCGAAGACCAGGAGCUUCCAACUAUCCGCGGCUCCGGCGACGGUGCUGGCGCAUCUGCUGGUGAUAGCGGUGGCGACCCUCGUCCUCGUCUGGCUCCUCAAGUUCCAGGACGGCGUGGCUCUGUCGUCCCACAACAAGCAGAAGAUUUUCAACCUGCAUCCGCUCCUGAUGGUAAUCGGAUUCAUUCUCGUCGGAGGAGAAGCUAUUAUGGUGUACAAGACGAUUCCGGCGAAGCGGGAAGUUCAGAAAACGAUUCACAUGAUCCUCCACUUGAUUGCUCUCCUGCUUGGGAGUCUGGGGGUCUAUGCGGUCUUCAAGUUCCAUAAUGAGCUCCAUAUUCCCAACUUGUACACCUUGCACUCCUGGCUUGGCAUCACCACCAUCUCCUUGUUCGGUCUGCAGUGGCUGGCUGCUUUCUUCUCGUUUGUAUUCCCGAAAGCGAACAACUACGCAAGAGACUCCUACUACCCGUGGCACAUCUUCGUGGGGUCGGUCGUCUUCUUCCUCGCGAUUUGCACGGCCGAGGCCGGUCUGGCCGAGAGAUUCAUCUUCCUGAAGCUCCAGCAUGGUCGACAGGCGCUCAUCAUGAACUUCACCGGCCUCCUGAUCUUUCUGUUCGCCGUCUCUGUCGGCCUCUCCGUCAUCCUUCCCCGCGGUUAAUAGCGACGGCCUUAGCCGGAUCAUGCCUUGAUGUCCAUUUUCAAUGUAAUGCCAAUAGUAAUAGUGUCUAAGUUCAGAAUGCUCUAGGGCAAUUAUAUUUCUUUUGAAUCUUUUCAGGAUUAUUAUAGUGUGGAAAAGGGAUUAAUGUAUUUUGUCCAUAGCACUGGCCCAUACGAUUAGGUGUGUUUUACUGUACUCAUACCCUUAUGAUUUUCGAGUGAUGUUACUAU